UAAUGGUCUGAAGCAUGUCAACAAAAACUACGGACUUAUGAGUCUUGAGUUUAACCUGAGCUAUUAACAACGCUCGCGGGAAGAGAACAGGAGACAUCCUGACAACUUCAAUUCAUUGUGAUAUUGGGCUGCUAAAGAGCUUGGGAACGCUGCUACGCUUCCAAGAUGUCGAAACAAUAUCUAACGACUCACACAAUCGACAAUGCUCAUCCAACGGAUAUCUUCGCUCUUGCCACCACCGCAGGACAUAUCCUCUCCGCAUCUGGCUCAUCUAGCAUCCAAGUCCACGCCGUCACCGCCAACGCCAACGCCGGCGAGUUCCCCCUCGUGCAAACGCUCAAUGGCGUGCACAAGCUCGGCUGCCAUCAUCUCUGCACGUCCGCCAACGGACGAAGAGCCGCAAGCGCCGGGUUCGGAGGCGAAGUGAUUGUGUGGGAGCUCCAGGAGGAUGGGCAGUGGACGAAGCUGAGGGCGGUCUCUGGCAAGGCGAAGGCGGGAGAAAUCUGGGCGAUUGCGUUGAGUGAAGAUGGCAAGUUUCUUGCGAGUAGCUCAUAUAAUGGGUCGAUCAACGUGUGGAGUGUUGAUGAGGAGGCUGAUAAAGAGCGGGAAUACGAGACGAAAGGAAGCUUUGGCAUGAGCGUCGAUCUUUCAAGCGACGGUAAAUGGACCGCAUCAGGUCAUGAGAAUGGUGGAGUCUAUAUCUUCAACAAUGAGUCCUCUCGAAUGGCACACUCAUUGCAAGGACUCAUCAAACCCGUCCGCGCCGUCGCCUUCUCGCCCGGCGGAAAACUCCUCGCAGCAGCAGGCGACAGCAAGAUCAUCGGUCUCUACGACGUAGUUUCAGGCGAACAGGUAGCGAUCCUAUCUGGCCACAGCGCAUGGAUAACAUCAUUAUCAUGGAAUGCUACUGGGGAGUACCUCUUAAGCGGCGCGUUUGAUGGAAAGUCGAAAGUCUGGUCUGUCCCCACGAGAGCCUGCGUGGCGACGCAUGCCGAAUCGGAUAAGACGAUCUGGAGCACGAGGUGGCUGCCGAAGAGUGGGAAGAGCGAGAUGUUCGCGGUGGCGGGGGCAGCGAAAAGCAUUUCGAUUUACCGUGAGGCAUCUGGAGGGUAGGGGCGAGUGUCUAGCUUUGUGAGCUUGGACUAGCCAAUAUCUCUUGGUCAGAAUGGGUUCCUCCUGAAUCAAUGGUCGUCAUGGCAUCACCUUAAUGCUCGGGGACGAACCCGGAAGGCCGAGGGGUCGCAGUGGUGAGAGGAAACGGGUCCGGGUGUAAGGGACAGCGUCAUGUGUCAUAGACUCAGCAUGUUAUGCCGCAACCAGUAGAAUGGAAGGACCCUGAUUCUCAGGGCCGCACCGCACCAUCUCCCCGACUCCCACACUCUUCACGAGCAGCCCCCUAAAAUCUACUGCAAAACACCGCCCUCCCCUCACCACUCCCACGAACAACUAUCCCGCUCCCAUCAUCCACCGCACCUCCAUCAUGACGCAACUCAU